AAGUUCGGGGAUCUUGUUGGAAGCGAUGGCGGCAAAGGCUGCGGAGCCUGACGGCUCCACCACCAGACCUGCCUUGUAGAGGGCGGACACGGCGGCCUUGAUGUCGUCAUCGCUCACCAGGACGAUUCCUUCCACGUAACGCUGGCACAGCUCGUAGGGCAGCGUGCCUGAAAGACAGGAUGAUGUCAUGGAUAUUACCUGCAAACGGCGGUGCAAGUCCUGACGCAACACUGUGUGUGUCCAUGGCCACUGGCCUCUUUUCUAUGAAGCUCCUGUGCAUGAUUCUGCUCAUCUCACAUCCUGACAGCUUGACUGCAGCCGCCACUCCGGCCAGCAGUCCACCUCCCCCGCAGCACACCACCACCACGUCGGGCUCGGGCACCACCUCCAGGAUCUCCAGGCCCAGACUGAACGCGCGCACAAUUAUAAGGCUAUAAUGUGACUGGGGUGUUCAUGAAAAACUGGGACUCCCUGGAUGAGAGUGGAGUGUGCACGACAGAGAAGGACUGUGAGGACGCCUACAGAGUGUGCCAAAGCCUUGACAUCCCCUUCCAUCAGGUGUCAUAUGUUAAAGAGUACUGGCAGGAAGUUUUCAGUAAUCUGUUGAAAGAAUAUGAGAAAGGCAGGACUCCAAACCCAGACAUUAUCUGCAACAAGCAUAUCAAAUUCAAUCAUUUCUACAAAUAUGCGAUCACAACUCUAGGUGGUGAUGCAAUGGCGACCGGGCACUACGCGAGGACCUCCCAGGAGGAUGAAGAGGUUUUCCAGCAGACCCGCAAAACCUUGCCCCUCGUGUUGUUCAGAAACCGCUUCGAGUUCAGAAACCCGGUGAGAAUGUACAAAGGGGCCGACCUGUUCAAAGACCAAACCUUCUUCCUGAGUCAGAUCUCCCAGGAUGCCUUGCGGCAAACCUUGUUCCCGCUCGCCGGGCUCACGAAGGAAUUUGUGAAAAAGAUGGCGGCUGAAGCCGGCUUUCACCAUGUGCUACAGAAGAAAGAGAGCAUGGGCAUCUGCUUCAUUGGGGAGAGGAACUUUGAAAACUUCCUUUUGGAGUACCUCGAACCUAAACCUGGCAACUUUGUGUCCAUAGAGGACGGCAGUGUUAUGGGAACACACAAAGGGUGGUUCACUCUGACGCUGGGCCAGAGGGCGCGAAUAGGAGGCCUGAAGGAUGCCUGUUUUGUGGUCGACAAAGACAUUGUUACCGGCGACGUGUUCGUGGCCCCGUCCACCAACCACCCGUCUCUCUUCCGUGACACCAUGAAAACGGACCGCUUUCACUGGUUAACGAUGGACCCACCUCCCGAACUGGCCCGUAACAAGACGAUGGAGUGCAGCUUCAGAUUCAUCCACCAGAUGCCGCUAAUUCCUUGCACUGUGACUCUAAACAUGGACGGCUCCGUGUGGAUCUCACUCUUGCACACGGUCAGAGCUUUAACACCUGGACAGUUUGCGGUGCUCUACAAAGGCGACGAGUGUCUGGGGAGCGGCAAGAUCAUCCAGCUCGGCCCCAGCGAGUUCACCAUCCAGAGGGGACGGGAAUGUUCGGCGGCGGCGAUGCAGCUCAGAAAGGAGAAGCAGAACCCAGAACCAGUCAGAUGACAACUUCAGAAAGUACACCAUUUUUUAAGUACUUAUUGCACAUCAUUUUUAAUGCACACCGACGGUCAAACACUGUUUUCUACCGUUUUUGUUGUAAAAUAGUUUUACUUAGGUUGCAAAACUCAAGCUUGAAACCUCUUCUGUUGUAUUGUACAAUAACUCCUCUUGUGCCAAGUCAGCAGUUCAAUUUUCUCUUUAAAAAGCACUGUAAGAUAUUAGCAAAGGAAUUUGAAAAGGGAAAAACACUUUUAUUGACAAGAAGGUAAGUGCCUUUUUGACUGUGACACAAUGCAAGAGCGCUCUGCUUGAGGCAGGUUAUUAAAGCUGUCAAUGUAAGGCUUUGUUUUUAGCUUAAUUUUAUUAAAGUGUAAUAAUGAGGACAGGA